GAGCCUUUGAUUUGCUCUCAGUGCGCCCCUUAUCACCUUCUCAUAUGACCAGAGAUGAGUCGUCCCAGCUUCUCAGUAUUCAGAUGUGCCUCAGACGAGGAAGUGUGUGGAUUUUUCUCUCAGAAUCAAACAACGUGACUUUCAAGACGUUCUUGAGCAUUGUCAGUUAAGUUUGUCUGGCGCAAAAGGAAAGUGACUGAGAGAGAAUGUUCAGUUUGGAUCUUCAGUGAUUUUUUUGUGAAUUUCUUUAACGCACCCAACGCCCACACAACGUGGCAAAAUACACCUGAAUUAAGCAAAAAAAAAUUAGGGCAAUAGUAAAGCCCGCAUAAUGAAGCCCUUAAAAUUCUUCAUUCACUCGGAUCAAGAGUCUCUUCCCAUUCUGCAGGUCAAGGAGAAGGACGCGACUUCUUAUGGCACCAGCAACAGGAAAGACUUAUCCCCGUCGCCGGAAAAGAGCGACCAAGUCAGGCUCAAAUACCCCACGGCAGUUUAUCUUGUCCUUGGCUCCAAAUUCUUUGAGUCCUUCGCUGCAAAUGGAGUCAGAAGUAUCCUGGCACUCUACCUCAGGGACUCUCUGAAUCUCUCGGAGAGCCUCGCAACGACAGUCCUGCACAUCUUUAAUUUCUUUAGCCAAUUCUGCCCUAUUUUUGGCGCCAUCCUAGCCGAUAGUUACUUCGGAAAUGCCAAAACGAUCUUCUAUUUUAUGCUUUUCUACGCCCUUGGCUAUGGUGGGAUUACCCUUGUCACUCUUCCAUUCAUUAAAGCCUCAAUGGAUAUUAUAGUCUUUCUGUCCUUGUUCCUAAUUUCCGUUGGCAAUGGUAACAUCCGGGCGUGCAUAACGAGCCUCGCGGCUAUUCAAUUUAAACUUCCUGAGCAGAAGGUAUCUCUGCAGAAGUACUUCUCGCAUUACUACUUUGUAUACACAAUGGGGGUCCUGUUGAGCAAGAUCAUCACCCCAUCGAUACGAGGACUCAGUGGGAAUUGCUAUGGGAUUGUUUUUGGUUUCCUAGCGAUUCUCUUUCUCGCAUGUUGGAUUACUUUUCUAAUUGGAAUGUUCUUCUACAAGAAGGAGGAGGUGAAUCGUCAGAAUAUUCUCGUCCAGGUAGUUGGAUGCAUUUGGUAUGCAUUGGUGAAGUACAUCAAGAAGGAGAAUGUCCACGCCAAUUGGCUGGAUAGCUCAAUUGGGAGAUAUUCAGAAGAAUUCGUCCGGGAUGUUAGAGCCUUCCUCCGAGUCAUUCGGCUCUACAUCCCCUUGCCCAUUUACUGGGCUCUGCUGGCACAGCAGGACUCCAGUUGGACAUUUCAGGCAACAAAACUCGAUACGACGGUCUUUGGCUGGCGCCUGGAACCUGACCAGGUUAAGGCAAUGGGGCCAUUGCUGCUCCUUCUCAUGAUUCCCUUCUGGCAGAAUGUCGUCGUUCCGCUACUACAUCGUACAACUGGAUGCCAGAUCUCACCACUUUUUAGUGUGGCACUAGGUGGAGUAUCGGCUGCAUUAUCCUUUGUGUGCUCCGGCAUCCUGGAGGUGCAGAUUAAUAAAUCUCCCGCGGAGAGUAUAUCAUUUGCCUGGCAAAUUCCGCAAUUCUUCCUCUUAAUGAUGGGUGAAGUACUGCUGUCGAUUCCGGGAUUGCAAUUUAGCUUCACCCAGGCACCGGCUACCAUGAAAUCCGUCCUUACGGCAUCGUGGUUCGUCAACAAUGCCAUUGGGAAUCUCAUUGUGGUCAUUGUUACCGAGCUGAAGCUCACAUCGUCACAGAGUUCGGAGUACUUCUUGUACUCUUUCCUCAUGAUUUGUGGCAUAACGUGCUUCACAUUUAUGGCUGGGAAUUACGAUACACCCACCCAGGUACCUCCGGAACCGCUCCCGGAGAAAUAUAUCAUCCUCGCAACGGAUAAAUCUGAUAAAUCCGCAUCUGUGUGAUUCCAACAGUGUGUAUACUAUUUUUUAGGAUUAUUUUCAAUAAAUCACGUAUUUAUUUAGGACUUAGAA